CGUUGUUUCGAACGGUGCGACCAGAACGGAGGUGGAUUUUUCGCGCUGAGAACGAAAAGAAUCCUUUUCUUUUUGUUCCGGUAGUGUAGCGCAGGUUUUUCUGUUCGCUAAAGUGGUGGGUGGUUCGUCGUCGUCGAGAGUUAACUCUUUCGCCGAGCGUCCGUGUGAUUCACCGAGCAGCGGAAAACACCAACAGCACCACAAUGAAAAUCUGGACAUCCGAGCACGUCUUCAACCAUCCGUGGGAAACCGUAGCGCAGGCGGCCUGGCGCAAGUAUCCCAAUCCCAUCAACACAGCCGUCAUCGGUACCGACGUCGUCGAGCGAAGGGUCGUCGAUGGUGUCCUUCACACGCACCGCUUGGUUAGCUCCAAAUGGUACUUCCCACAGUGGGCACAGAAGCUAAUUGGUUCGCCAAACGUUUGCUACGCCAGUGAAAAGUCAACCGUCGAUCCACAGCAACGGUUAAUGACGCUGAAAACGAUCAACCUCACCUUUGGCAGCUUCCUUUCAGUGUACGAAACGCUCAGCUACGUUCCACACCCGACCGAUCCGGCCAAGACGCUGCUGAAGCAGGAGGCAACGGUACAGGUCGAAGGUGUACCGCUGAACCGCUACAUGGAGGACGUGUUAACGAAAAACAUUAGCACCAACGCCGGCAAGGGUCGCCAGGGGCUGGAGUGGGUGAUAGGCAAACUGAAUGCUGAGAUGAAAGAAUUGGCCAACAGUGCGGCAACCAGCACGAACGAAAUCUUGACGCAAACGAAGAAAUCGCUCGACGACAUCACCGAUCAAGCGCGCAAGAGCAUGGACGAGCUCAGUGCGACGGCACAGAAGAUCCACAUAUAGUAACAAACGAUGCGCGGCGGCUGCAGCAACGUCAGCACCCAGGCCCAACCCUGGAGUUGGGACCGGUGAAGAGGGAUCAGGGAAGGGACCACCGGAAGUUGCUGGCAGCAGCAGGAGCACCAACAGUUCCUUUCCGGCUGCCUCGUACUCACAAGCUGCUCCGUGGAUUAAAGUGGGUCCCGCUACUAAACACACCAGGCAGGGCAAAAGCCAGGAUGAUGCGUCUAGUGAUGCCACAUCCACCGGAGGAAGUUAGCGUUCCGAGAGAAAUGGCGACAGACUGUCGUCACAGCUUUUGAGUGCAGUUAGUACGCAGUUCAUCUGCAGCACGCUCUGCGGACAUUACCAUCAAGAAUUUCCCCAAUCUGGCCUUAACCUCUUGUUCGCCGCAAAGUAUUGCUUAAGCUUUGAUUCUCUCUCUCCCUCACUCCCUCUCUUAAUUUCCAUUUCUUACCGUUUCCUCUAGUUCUCUUUACGCUCUCUGUUUUUCCUGCCCUUCCUUCAAAAGCUUGUCCCUCCAGUAUGCCAUUCAUUUGACUAAGUAAUUUAUGCGCGAAACGCUCUGGUGUGUUCCGGGGAAGAUGGUCUGUAACGCCAAACUUUGUCCUAGAUUAACGAAGUACGCGAGAAGAUAACCAAAAACCAGAGAUGAAUGAUAGUGAAAAGUUAUAAACGAUAGGGUAAAUAAAUGAAUGCGCGCAGGUCGCUGGAGAAGAGAACGAACACGAUGUGUUGGAAAUACGGGGAACGACGAGGCUGUAAAUAUAUCUAUCUACCGGCUGGCUAUUAUCUAUUAUCAAUCAGAGUAAGACAGUCAUCAAUUCAUUUGUAUUAGUAGCACUAGUUGUGAUCUACCAGGUGAGACCCCGCAGACGUAGACGUUAAAGUGAACUUGUGUCGAAGAGCUAUUGUUUUUAUACAGAAACGAGCGAGGAAUAGGGAAAAAAGAGGCAGAGGGAGAGAGAGAGAAAUGGAUGGACAGAAGGAUGACGGCCUGUUUUCCAUCAGCUACCCGAGACAGUAGAAAUUCUAAGUUACAAUUAAUUAGGUUUUUUUUUCAAAUUUCUUCAUUAUUAAAACGCAAGAGAGAGUGGCAAAUCCCGCUUCAUAGAACAAUUAAACUGAAAGUGGUUUCCUUUUCUUUCUUGCGGGAGUAGGUCCCUUAUUAUCCGAAUGCGGCUUACCAUGUAACAAUUUUCCCCGUUUUUGCAGUUCCGAUUCAAUUGCACGAUAGUUUCGACGAAAAGCAUAAAAAAGAAUUAACAUCAGCAAUACGAUCGAUUGAUCGAUCGUCAAGUACCUUGAAAGCAGAAAAAGAGAAAUUCACCAUUACAGUAAAAACAACAGCACAUAAAUGAAGGGCUUUGUUGGUCCUUUAAUUCCAAUAUAAGAGACAAUUGAUAGGGUUUGUACAAAACACGGAACACCUAGAUCGUAUGCUUUGAAAACAGAUGCUACCGGUACGGCAUCAGUUAGAACUGCUCACGGUUGUAGUGUAGGACGAGUUUUGGUGACUACUUUAGGUUUGCUCGUAAAGUUUGUUGAUUCAAUCAAACGUAUCGUACGUACGCUCUGGGUUACAUAAAAUGACGGAAGAAAAGAAGCAACCGGAUCAUCAUAAUCGCCUCUAAGGCAAAUGCACCAUUAUCGAUCGCAUACGCAUUAUUAGCAGGUCCGAGUUUGGCAAUUAUGGACGGGAAAUCACAAAACGCGGAUGUUAUGAGUGUAUAAUAAAGCAGACAAAAGCCAUCAUA